AUGAGUUCAUUCCUUCGUGAUUGUUUCAAAGAACAUUUGGAUGUCUCUCGUUCCAUUUUCCGGGAUGAGUUUCCCGAGGGUUUGGAGCAGCAGGCACGGUUCGCAUGGACCGAAGAGGACGGCAAUAUUGCCUCUCUCGUUUCCGAACCAGGUUUCGGAACGACCGGACAGACCACUUUCGGGAAAGAUUUGGAUGCAGCGUUGAAAUGUGAAAUGAAGGCUCACCGUGAAGAUGGCUGUUCUCCAGUAAAUCCACGCCCAAGACACGCAGCAAGAAUGGGACGUUCCUUAUUAAUGACACAACCAGAAACUCCUGCCAGAACCCAAACAGAAAAUUGCGAGGUCACUUCAUCCGUAGGCCCAUAUCUACCAUCUAUUGAAGUACCGUCUUCCAGCGAUUGGCACAAGGCCUGGGAUCCCACCAAAACUUAUCAGGAUCCAAACACAACUUGGAAUGAAAAUCCAUGGAGUGCUAUGGGCAGUGGGGUGAUUGUGGAUCCUAUAAAAACUUACCAUAUGGGAGUCGCUUUGGCGACGCGACAAACGCCAUUUGCUUUACUGAAACCUAACAAUAGUACUCCUGUUUUAGUCAAGGUUAUCGACACGAAGCUUCCAGGGGGGAAACAGAUGUUGGUACCAGCUACUGCUGAAGAUCUAAAAGUAGGCGGCAAAAUUGUGCUUCAGAAUGAUGAGAAUGCUUCUGCUCAGGUAUUAUUUUCAACACUUUUGUUACGUGAAUUGGACUACGGUUCCAUCACUAGCGCGUAUUGUUACAUACACAUAUAUUUAGCAAAUAAGACAUUUUCAAAGGGUCCAAACACUGAGCCAGCUGCGGACAUUGAUGGUGCGGUACAAAUAAGAGUGCCAGUAGUGGCAAUCGUGGUGCCGAAGAUAAAAUCUGGAGGGCGAUUACAUCUGUCUGUUGAGGAACCACAUCAUGCUUACCACACUGCUUUGUCUGCCGAUGUUGGAGAAGUGAAGGUAGAGCCUUGUGCUACACCAGUACCAAUGCGUCGAGCUGACCCAACUUGUGACUUCGAUGACAACGCCAUCAGACCUGAACGCAUGUCCUCUUGCGCGUUGCCACCACCAGCUCCUUCUCCACCUCUAGAUCUCAUCUCCAUGGACUUGUUUGAACCAAUGGAGUGUAUCCCAAUGGGGCCACAGAUAACCGCAGUAGACAAUAUCGACCACCCACCUCAUUCCGAUGACUCUGAUAUAUUCAUAGGCGAAUUUGAAGUGAGUUGA